AUGGUCCCAAUAGCCAUUGGUGUCAGCAUUGGAAUGCUUCUCUGCAAAUCCGGAACUAGUAAGAUCGGUUACUAUACGCCAUUGAAGCUUUGUUCCUCUACGCUUCUGCCUAUCUUUGCGGGUCUCAUAACAACUCUGGGAGUCGAUACGAGCUUUAAUAGAAGUCUGUCUAUUGUGCUUUUCGCACGGCAACUUGGUCUUGCUGUCUCCAUCGCCAUAGUUCAGGUCAUUUUUACGUGUAAGCUCUCAUCUAACUUGGCUAGAGUAGUCCCGGGCCUCGAUCCCGCAGCUGUUGAAUCUACUGGGCUGUUGAAAAUCGUUGAAUAUGCACCAGCGCCUCGGCAUGGAGAUGUUCUGGAGGAUGCAGAUAUGAGUUUUGGUGAAACCUGGUACCUGGCUGUUGGGUUGACAUGCGCAACAUUGCUUGGGAGCUUGCUUAUGGAGUGGCGUUCAGUGAAGUAG